UCAUAAUCAUAUUAUGACAGAAGAUUUUAGAUGCGUCUGCUGAGUACUAUGUGCUAGUUUAUACGAAGCCACAACAACAAAUGUUGUUUUCAACAGGGUACAAGAGGAAACAUGCUAAGACGCAAUCGGUACUGACAUUGUCUUGGUGACGCUUGGUUUCGUAUGUAUUCCAUCAUGAAGACUUAAAAAUACAUACAACUUUUUAAUCGUUUAUUUCUGAUUUUAAUGGGCUAGUUUAAAUUAAUUUUAAACAUAUGUAACUUUUAACUUUGUGUCCAGUAAUUCUGGAAAAUUGUCUAUUAAUUCUGGUCAAAUGCUAAAAAAAUCUAAUUAAAAGGAAGAUUUUAGAGUAAACAUAAAACAAACUGUUCAUGAAGAAAAAAUGGAUCCAAUUCCUCAAAGUACCAUAGUGAAAACCAGCACUGAAAACUCUGCUGUCAGACAGGAGCCCGAAUGCUCUACAGCUAAAGAAACCUGUACAAGCCAUCAUGUUCAGCGAAUUGACACUGAAAACAGUACCAGCACAACAACACCCAACCAUGAGCUCAGCAAGAUACAGACCUUUGUUUUCUUUGACUUGGAAACAACAGGUGCUGUUGGAAUGGACUGCAGAAUACUGGAACUUACUAUGAUUGCAGUCUCACGGGAGGACCUCCUUACUAUGAAGGUAAACAACGGUAUUAUGGUUGACAAUACACCAUCAUCAAAAAAGAAUAUUGAAAGUGUGUCGCCAGUACCUAAGCUUCCUCGUGUCAUCCACAAAUACACACGAUUGUACUAUCCAAGAAAGUUAAUACUCCCUGUCAUUGAAGAAUUAACUGGACUUAACAAUGAAUUGCUCCAUCGCUUACCAGGUUUUAGUUUUGCAAGUGCAGAAGCACUGAACCUAUUCUUGGAUCUUCCCAAACCAGUAGCACUUGUAGCUCAUAAUGGGAAUCGUUAUGAUUAUCCUUUAUUAAUGGCAGAAAUGAAUAAUGUUCUUGAUAAUAUAUAUACCUUGAAGAGUGUCUGUACACUUCUCUGUGUUGAUUCCUUGUUAGCAUUUAGAGCCAUUGAUUCUGAUUUAAAAAUAGAAGAGGAAGUUAAGGAAAUUUCAGAAAUAACAUCGCUAGCUGCAUCCUUUUCAUUUGAUGACAUGAAUAGCGAUGAUGAGGAUGGGGAGUUGGAUUUUGAACCUGAAAGAAAAAAGGUUCGAUGUAAAGGCAAUGGGGAUGAUUCCCGAAGAGCAAUUACCCCACCUUCUCCUAUGGAUGAAGGUCAACUGGAAAUUUCAGCAGAAUUACCUGUAACCCCUCUGAAAGACCAGUGCAUUAUAGUCAAUGCUCCUAAAACCCCUUUGAAAGCAAAGAUUAUGCCUAAACCUCCUGUCACUCCAGAAGCUAGUGCACAUGUAAGUAAGGUGAAUGGGACUAGUAGUGUCCGUCGUAGCUUAACAUAUGGAGUCAGGAAACGAAAGUGGGAUGGAACACAACCUUACAAACAAGUUAAUAUUUACAAACGCUUGUUUGGAAGUCAGUAUGAUGCUCAUAGAUCAGAAGCAGAUUGUAUUGCACUCCUUGAGAUAUGUGGUUUUUACAGUGACAGGUUUGUUAAUUGGGCAGAUAGUAAUAAUUCUAAAUUCACAAUGGUAAAACCCAUGUGGGAAAAAAGAAAAACCUUCAAAAUUAUGUGAUACUUUUGCAGCUGAUAGGAUCCAUAAAGAUUUUGUUUAUUCUCUUUAAUAAUCUUUUAAAUAUUUUACCAUGUUCACAAAUGUUUUGAUUGAUAUCCAGUAAGUCUGACUGGUGCUUAAUUUUAUCACUGAAGAAAUUUUAUAUAAUUUAGGAUAGAUGGCAAUUGCCAUAGUUUUUGCCAAGGGAAGUUAUUGAAUGGAAAGAUUUAGAAUUAAGUGGCAAUUUUACAGUUGUCAAGAGGCCAUACUAUUUAUUAUUUGAAUGCAUGUUGAUGCUGUUAAAAGAAAAUUGAGUGGUUUUUAACCUUGUUGUGCCUGCAUUUGGGGACAGUAAUGCAAAAUAUACCUUUCAUGUUUUAAAGAAAAUUGAGUGGUUUUUAAUCUUGAUGUGCCUGUAUUUGGGACAGUAAUACAAAAUAUACAUUUCAUGUUUUGUAAUUAAAAAUCUAGUUUUUUAUAGUAAAAUUGUAACUAAUUAAUUUAUCAUUGAAGUUUGGUAACAGUGAUUUACAAAGAAAUGUUCUAUUUCUAUGUCUUGAUAUACAUAGUUGAUUUAUACUGUGCCAUUUCAGACAAGUACUCAUUUACCAAACUGUCAGUUUAUAAAAUAAACCUUUAUAGCUCUAGUUUCUUUGUUUGAUGUUAAUUGACAUGAAGUCAUCCUUGUAUUUUUCAGGAAUUAUAAGGUUCUUAUGUUAUUUAUGAAUCAAAUUGAUGAUGUAUUUCAUUGUAGUGAAUUUAGAAUUUUUAUCUAUUUUCUGUGUGAAUCAUGUUUUAUGUACAUUAAUGUAACUGUUCUUCAUACAUUAGGUAUUUGUGAAGUCACUAUAGUAUUUAGUAUGAUAAGAUGUGCAGUAUCGAAAUUUAGUGUAAGUAGAUAGAGUUCAGUUGAUUAUAUGGUUAUAUCCUAUAGUAUUUCGAAGUUGAAAAAGGGACUAAUUUGGAAUUACAUAACUGUUAUUAGUGACUCCUAAUAGAGAAGUGAAAAAAAUAUGUUCUGCCUUAGUUAAACAUUUUAUAGCUAAAAAUCAAGGUCACAAAUAUGGUUAGUCCCAAAACUGAAUUCCACUGGCACUGAAAACUACAAGGGGAAAUAGAUUGUCAGCCAUCCAUCACUGCUAAGGAAUGUACAUAAAGAGUAUUUCUCUGUAUUAUAUCUUAUUUAAAUUGUAAUAGUUUUUAAUUUUAUUAUUUGAAUUGCAAUAGAUAUUAAUUUUGUUAUAUACUGCAUAGCAGCUAGAUUGUAUUAAAGUUCAGUGAUAUGCAAUUUUGAUUUUAUUUAAGAAAUACUGUAAACAUUUGUAGUUAUGAACUUUUUGUUCACGUAAUGUUAUUCAUUAUUCCUUUAGGAUGAAUUUAAGAGAUUCAGGUUUCAAGAUAGUGUAUAUCAGGAGAAUUGGUUAUAGUUUAAUCAUUUGCGCCUUUCAAAUUUUUUUGCUCAAUUUGUAAGGAUGAGAAUAUGAGGAUUUUUAAUACAGUACAAAAUUUAUUAUGCUGUUACCAAACUUUUUAGUCAUAUAACUUAUACAAUGCCAUUAUUAAAUUCUGGUUGGUAAUCAUAAUUAUUAUACAGUUAACCUCCUACCUCUGCAAAGUCAUUUUUGCAAGAAUGGGAAAGUAUGAAAUAGAAGGGAAUAAAUAUAUUUGAAGAACAAACCAUUGACUUAUUGCUGACUUCUUAACGAAGACCAAGCCAGUCAGUUUGAAAAGUUUGAGCUCUCUCCAGUGGGGAUUGCAUUGUAAAAUUUUUGCUGUAAUAGUCUGACACUUGCAGUUCAUUGUAACUUAGUUGAAGGCCUGUGUUUUUUGCAUCAGUCUUAUUUUUCCAGAGCAUAUUAUCAACUCUCCUAGUGAAAUUGAACAAAAAUUUAAAAAAUAAUAGAUUUGAAACUGCUUUAUUUCAAAUCAUAAAAUAAUGUGGCAGAUGAACUGUUUUUUUACCGUAAAGUGUGAAUUAAAAAAAAUUGUGUAAUGCAUUGAAUACUAUUGAAUAUAGUGCUCGUGUGAUUUAAAAUACUGAAAUAGAUUUUGAGUGCCUUAGUUUAAGUUAAAACUUUGUAUAGUGUCCAGAGAUAGGUAUGUUUCAACACAAAGUACUCUACAAACUUCUGAAUUUUUUUCUCUCUCUCUUUUUUGCUGUUUUAUGCCAUACUGUGAGGAACAGCGUGUUGUGAGCUGAGAUAGUCGUCAAAAGGGUGAAAGAAGUCUAAAGCCUUACACUCAGGUGAAUACCCUGCAUUACUUGUCCACCUUUUCUGCCUUCAUAUGUCUUCUUAAAUUACUAUGACAAAUAGCAAAGGGAUCAGUGCUGUUUCUUGUUUGACAUCAACAUUUAUCUCAGAUUUUUGGGUACACCUGCUAUUGUUUUUUAUCAAGAUGUAGUGUUACAGUGGAGUAAGAUCACCGGCUAAUUGAGUCUAUCUGGUGUUCUCUGUUUUUGCAAUACCCGUUUGGUAAUGUAACAGAUAUUACUGGCCUUCAUUUUCUAAGAACAGACACAUUGGCACACCCUUUAUGUGCUAAUAUUUUUAGGUUAGCAUUUGAAUUUUUUGUUGUAACCAACUAACUAGGAGCAUGAAGAUCACGAAUUAUGGGAACAUGUUGCAAAUUGUUUGAGGCACUGCAAUUACCAGUGUCCUAAGCAAGCUUGUUGUGUUAUAUGAGUAGUUCUUAAGUUGACAGGUGAGCAGGCAUCUUAAUAGUAUGGAAUCCACGGGCACUGUGCACCAAGGAAAGUAGCUGAAGAAGGGGAAAAGCAAUGGAGGUUGCAUUUAAGGGCCCAAAGCCAUUUGAGAUAUUUGAUUCUCUUCCUAAGCUAUUUUUAUCAUAGCAAUUCGUGCAGUGUACAAGGAUUUCUAGACAAAAUGAACUGUAUCUGAUUACGAGCUGUUUGGGAAAAAUAUUUUAAAAAUUUGCUUCUUCUUUGUCAUUCUCUUUCCUUUGUCUGGAAUGAAUCUUGAACCCCUUUCUCCAUAACCAUAGCUAUGUGAAUCCUUGAAUGGUGUAGCAGAAAGUUAUGGAAUCUUGUGACCCUGAGGAGGAAAUCUAUGAGGUUGGUAAUGAAGAAUCUUUUGGGUGGACGAGUUGAUAUAUGAAAAUAUGGCAAUAAAGCCAAGAACUAGAGCACUUUUAGGUCUACCAGAUCACUUGUAUCCUGUGGCAGGGCUGGCUCUCAACUGCUUAAUAUCCCUAUGGUUUUGUGAGAUUUUAAUGUUGGGUAUUUUAUUUUAUUAAAUAUUUAAUGAUAUAGUAAAUUGUAUAUGGCUCAUUUGCAAAAUGAUAGAUGAGGUCCUGUGGAUAGUACUUGGAAUUUUACAAUCUUAUGGAUCCAGUAGGUCCUGAAGGCUUCAAAUAAUCAGUUACCUUAGUGUACAAAUAUUGUAUAUGAUAACAAGUUUAUUGCACUUUCUCUGUUCAUUAAAUCUAAAAUGACAUAUUAUUUAUUGUAUGUCCUAAGCAAUUUCUAUGUGAGUUUAUAACACUGUUGCAAAUGUUUCUGUAUGUUUUAUAUAUUAGUAGUACAUAUAUGUAAUUCGUAGUUUGUUAUUUGGUAUUUGUAUAUUCACUUAAUUGCACGCAGUUGUGCAAGGGAAUACUAUUGCAGAUUAUUUUUGGGGAAUCACUUUUCAUUUUACUUAUGUUGGGAACAUAUCUGCAGUGGGCUCCCAAAAUCAAGGCAAAUUCAGUUCCUCAAAACAGUUUGACCAAAUUUGUCUUUCUCCAAAUUCUUCUUCCCCUGAUCAUUCUUCGUUAUUUCCACAGACUGGCUAACACUAACCCUUAUCCAAUCUAUUGCCUGCACACAUCCUAUAGUCCAGGAAAUUCAAGAUUAGCUUUUCUCACUUCAAUGCAGAAAAAGCUGGUCUGCUUCUGCUGGACCCUGAACCAUGUGGACAUCCUUGGCAAUGAGUAAUUGGACUUGUUAGUCCACUCUGCAGCUUUGUUGGGAUGCCUGGAUUUCAAAACCAUCCCAUAUUCAGACUAUAUUUCCCAUGUUGCUGUAACUACCUACUAAGUUGCUGGCAGUCUUUCUGAACUAGUAUCUCAAAUAACAAGCCCUGUGCAGUUAAACCUACCAUACUACCAUCAUUGAACUCAUGUCAAAGAAAAGAUGAUGCGAAACAGCACUUGACCGACUACAUAUCGGUCAGUAAUGCACUUCUACUUGCUGAACGAAUCCCCUUCAACACUGUGUCCAACUUGUUAUACCCCUCUUUCAGUAUCUCACAUAAUGCUUUCCGGCCCAUAGCAGUUGCACGCAACAGAGCAUUUCCCAGCCUAACCUCUCCAUGUAGCCUUCAAUGUAUUCCCACCGAAGCAAAACACUUCUUCAUAGAAAGUGUAAUCUACUUCCUUCAACAAAUAAACAUUCAUCAAAUAUGGCUUAUCAGUCACUAACUUUGACCAUACAUUAUUCUUCUGUUAUUUUUUAUGAAAAUGUAAUUGAUCCUUUCAUUUUAAUCAAUAUAUUGUGUUAGAUAGCAAUAGACUCAUAUUACAAAGAAUCAAAAGUCUAAUUUCUGACAUGAUAUUAAAACGGGAUGUAUUUAGAUACUGAAAUUUAUUUUCUUAUUUAUCGAAGCUUUAUGAUGUAAAGUAGCAUUUGAUCAGUGACCAUGUUCUUACCUCAUCCCUAGAGCCUCUCUCACAAGUGCUAGUCACUGUUCUGUUUUACUUAUGAUGAAAAUUUCUCCUUCUGCCAACUGCCACUUGUCUACAAUGGAAAAUGUUAUUUCAUAUAUUGGUUCUUUGAAUUUCUUUACUUUCCUGUAAAGCUUUGGUAUUCUGUUCUUACUUGCUUCCCGUCUUUGUUUUCUGCCAUUGAAGACUGUAGCCAUGACGUCGGAGGUCACGUGAUCACCUGGCCCUUGGCCACAUCAAAGAAAUACAUGGAGCUCAAAUUAAAUAGGUCAUAAAAUCCUAUUAGUAUUACAAAGCUUUACAUUCAUUUAACAAAUAAUGAUAUUUUUCACGCUCAAGAACACAUUCUAGUACUAUUUAGAAACCGACAGUGUAUUAUUACUGAAAUAAUUGCACUUAUACCUGGCGUACAGACAGUGCAGACGACAGUGCUGUCAAGAUUGACAAUAAACCUCAAUAAGCAUGUCAUCCUCCAUUGCAAGUUAUAACUCACAACAAAUAUACAACGUAAAUUUAAGUAAUAGAUCAAAGGUUGAUAAAAAAAACCAUUAUUAACCAAAGUUCAGAUGUUUGUUUAUCUUUUGGCACCAGAUUACUGAAACAAAAUUGAAUCACAGUCUGAUUUUAACCUGUAUAGAUAUUUUCAAGUGUUCUAACAUAAGAUUCAUCUAUUCCUUGCUUUUGAAGGGGUUUCAUUACUGCUGAAGUUCUGACAGAAUCAAAAGCUUUCUCAUUGUCUAUAAAUGCCAUACAUAGUGGUUUGUCAAACUCAGUUGAUUUUUCCUUUAGCUGGUUAAUUAUACGGAUAUGGUCAGUUGUUGAAUACCUGAUUCUAAAACCUGCCUGCUCUCUUGGUUGAUUAAAGUGUAGCUGUCUUUCUAUUCGGCCCAAUAUGAUCUUUGUAAAUAUUUUAUAUAUUACCGAGAGUAAACUUAUUGGGCGGUAAUUUUUCAGGUCUUUAUGUCUUCCUUUUUGUGAAUUAAUAUAAUCAUAAAGUUUUUCCAAGAUGUAGGCAUAGAGCAUUCUUACAAACAUUUUGUGUAAAGUUCAGCGAGUUUUACUAUAAUGAUAUCUCCUCCAUCUAUUAUUAAAUCAAUUGUCAGGCCAUCCAUUACCCGAGUCUAAAUUGGUAACCUUAGGCUUAUACAUUUAUAUUCCUCUCGUCUAUUUCUGGCCCAUGCAUUUCUUAUGGGGAAAAAUUAUGUGGCCCAAGGACUACAGGUUCAGAAGUAGCGACGUCACGCUACGGUACUCAAAUGUGAUUAACCUCUUCACUUCAGUCAAUUUUCACUGUCUUGUUUUCCUGAGGCUUGUAUAGAGAAGGUUUCCUCUCUCAUUAACCAUUAAAUUACAGAAUCUAAUCGUUAAUCCUAAUUUCUCUGCUGGUUCCAUUUUCCCAUUUUCUUGUUUAGGAGGAUUGCAAGAGAAUUUCUGUAUAUCGUAUAUCAGUUGGUUUACACAGAUUGUAUUUUCGUGAUCAUUGGGUUUAAUAGUUAUUAGUGGCUAAUGUCGUGAGAUAUUAAUGAGGGCUAUUCUCCUGAAAGGAAGACUUGAGACUCUUUCAUUUGUUGACAAUGUCCUUUAAGGCUGGAGGCAGUCUAGCCUACGCAAAAGAAGUUUGUAUGUUUUUUAUAUAGGAAUACAUAAUUUAAAAUGUUUUACUUUGAGAGUUUACAGUACAGUACAUUGAUUUGUAUUUGGGUAUAAUAACUGUUACAAUAAGGUUUACAGUAUAUAUUUUUAUAGGUAACUUUAAUGCCUUUUUAUUUGAUAAAUAAAGUACAUUAAUA